AGUCUAAGGGGUGGGGGUAUGACUGAAUGCUGCGAAGCUCCAGCUGACCAGAAUAAAUGUCGUGGCAAGUGGAGAAAAUAGUUGAAAAGACGAUGCAUAAGAGUUGUGACAAAUCACGAGUUGCUACAUGAGGAGUAUGAAAAAAGCAACAGACAUCUGACAGCAGAGUUAACAUGGCAGCCUGCUAGGAAACGUUUGCCGUUAAAAGACGAAAGCCUAAGGACCGACAACUGAAGCGAUGCAGAGUGACAGGAGCGAAUAGAGCUUUCAAAUAGAUUGGUAUCCGAAUCCCAUUUUAUUUUACGGAGAAAAGAGUGCAUCAGGAGCAAAGAAGUCAACGUCUGUUCACUCGAAGAUGCUGUCCAUUGAAUUCUGAGCACAGACGCGGUUGCGUUCUCCUUCUUCUCCUUUUUUCCCUUGCUUAUCUGGAAGAAUUCAUCCUCGCAAUUGCAACAUUAUCAGCAGUGAUGCAGCCACCGCCACCACAGCAGAGGGAGUAUUUGUUCAAGGUGUUAGUGAUUGGAGACCUAGGAGUGGGCAAGACCUCGUUCAUCAAGCGCUACGUCCACAAGAUCUUCUCCCAGCAUUACCGUGCCACUAUAGGGGUGGACUUUGCCUUGCAGGUCCUUAGCUGGGACGAGAAUACAGUCAUCCGGCUACAGCUCUGGGAUAUUGCGGGUCAAGAGCGCUAUGGAAACAUGACUCGGGUCUAUUACAGAGAGGCCGUUGGAGCUUUUAUUGUGUUUGAUGUAACAAGAGCAUCAACGUUUGAAGCUGUUCUCAAAUGGAAAGCUGAUCUUGACUCCAAAGUGACCCUUUCCAAUGGAAAACCUGUGCCUGCUGUCCUGUUGGCUAACAAAGCCGAUCAAGCUCGAGAAGGUCUGAUCCCCCAGCUGCCCAGACUAGAACCCUUCUGUAAAGAACAUGGCUUUGUUGGCUGCUUUGAAACCUCUGCCAAGGAGAAUACCAACAUUGAAGAAGCGGCCCACUGUCUGGUUGAAAAUAUUCUCGCCCAAGAUGACGGUAUGGCAGCAGAGAUGGAUCCUGAUGUCAUUCUGCCAGGUCUCAACAACAAUGCUAAAGACAGUGGCAGCAACUGUGCCAUCUGCUUCAAGUUCUGACAAGGACUUAAUAAAAAUGGCAAAUUUUUUGGAUGAAGAACCAAUCACUGAUGUUCUGAUGGCCCUGGUCUGUUUAUUGCUCUUUGAAGUCACAAGCCUGAAACCCACUAUACUAGGCAGUCACCAGAGAGUGAGGAGGUCAAGCCGUGUGGUUCAGGGCCUGUACCUUCAGGAGAGUUGCUCACACUGAUAAUGUCAAAGCAUCAGCAGGGAGAGGACUGAGAAUGAGGAAGCCCCAUCAUCCUGGAAUUGACUGUUAGGCUGAUGGAUUUUCUUAGGUUUGAUUUCUGUCCAAAUGAGCGGAGAAGUGAUGCCAAAGAACACGGGUGGUGUGGGGUUUGUUCUGGGUGUCCAAGUGUCGUUUGCUUUCAGUUUUGAGUGGCUGUGUUUCUUCAUGAGAACUGCGCCAGCCUGUGAGCCUCAUCCUUGCUCACGUCCAUGACUGAUUCAGAUCAGUGGUGUUUUGAGGUCUACGCCCUUACAAGUGCCACGUCCACAGUGUGCCUGCCACUCUGUACACGUUUUGCAUUUUCUCUUUGCCUUCAGUCGCUUUACCGCUGUUGUCCCCGGCCACCAGAUAUCGGGAGGACUCAUCUCCUGCUUCACCUCCGAGCUCUGACUGCCACAUUUUAGACUACCUCUUUAUAUGAUCUGCAGACUAAGCUGCAUAUUUGUCACAGUAUUUUGGGAAUUAAAACCAGUGAAAGGUCUCUUGUG